GUGUCCACGAGCUACUGUCAGUCAGAAGGCUGCACAGUCCAAGAUGGGCUCCUCGCAGGCACCCCAGAUGGGGCGUGUGGGAGGGCGAGGAAUGAUGGCACUGCUGCUGGCUGCGCUCCUCCUGCCAGGGGCCUUGGCUAAGAGCAUCGGGAGCUUCUCAGACCCCUGCAAGGGUUCGCGUAUCACCUCCCCCAGCGACCCCUGUUUCACUGGGAAGAGUGGUUCCAGUAGCUUCGGUGGCCACAGUAGCUCCAGCAGUUCCAGCAGCUCCAUUUCCAGUUCCAGUGGCUCCAGCAGUGGCUCUUCUGGUGGCUCCAGUGGUUCUGGUGGCCCCAGUGGUUCUGGUGGCUCCAGUGGUGGCGCCAGUGUCUCCAGUGUUGCCCAGGGUGGUUCUUCAGGAUCUUCGUUAUUUAAGCCAGGAACAGGGUAUUCCCAGAUCAGCUACUCCUCCGGAUCCAGCUUCUCCCAGUCGGGAAGCAGCAGCUCCCAGUCAGGAAGCAGCAGCUCCCAAUAUGGAAGCAGCAGUUCCCAACCAGGAUCUGGCUUGGCUCUACCAGACAGUGAUGGCUCUUCCCGCUUAGGCUCUUCCCAGUCUGGAGGCGGCUCAAGCUCAUCUGUUUCCCAAAGCUCUUGGAUAUCCAGCAGCAAUGGCCAAAGGGUCAACUCUAACCUACGCCCCUGUAAUUCAGAUGUCUCUGACUCUCCCUGCAGUGGGGGGCCUAUUGUCUCCCAUUCUGGCUCCUACAUCUCCAGCUCCCACUCUGUGUCAGGAGGUCAAAGGCCAGUGGUGGUGGUGGUGGAACAGCACGGCUCUGGUGGCCCUGGAGGGGUCCAGGGUGCCCCCUGCAACAGUGGUGGCCUUCCAGGAAAGCCCUGCCCCCCCAUCACCUCUGUAGACAAGUCCUACGGCAGCUAUGAAGUGGUGGGUGGCUCUUCUGACAGUUAUCUGGUCCCAGGCAUGACCUACAGUGGGGGCAAAAUCUACCCUGUGGGCUACUUCACCAAAGAUAACCCCAUCAAAGGCUCUCCAGGUGUCCCUUCCUUUGCAGCUGGGCCCCCCAUCUCUGAGGGCAAAUACUUCUCCAGCAAUCCCAUCAUCCCCAGCCACAGCUCUUCUAGUUCCAAUGUCUACCAGUCGGGAUCUUCCUCAGCCAUUGUGUUCCAGCCAGUGGGCUCUGGUGGGGUCCAGCCCUGUGCAGUUGGCUCUAAGGGGCCCUGCUCCCUUUCGAGUUCUGGAGCCCACAGCAGUUCUAGCAUUUCCAGUAGUUCAUCCUUCCAUCCCUGUGGUGGUGUUUCACAGGGGCCCUGCUCCCCACCUGGCCCUGGCUCCUUCAGCGGCACCUCCAGCUCCCAAGGCAGUGGUAAAAUCAUCCUUCAGCCCUGUGGCAGCAAAUCCAGCUCUUCUGGUCACCCUUGCAUUUCUGUUUCCUCUUCUACAUUGAGUGGGGGUCCCGAUGGCUCUCCCCAACCUGAUCCUUCAGCUGGUGCUAAGCCCUGUGGUCCCAGCAGCUCUGGAAAGCUCCCCUGCCGCUCCAUCCGGGACAUCUUGGCCCAAGUGAAGCCUCUGGGGCCCCAGCUAGCUGACCCUGAAGUUUUCCUACCCCAGGGAGAGUCACUUGACAGUCCAUAAGUUAGCUUUUGCCUACAUGCAUGUGUGGGCAUACACAUGUAUACACACACAC